AUGCUAGCAAAGUAUAGAGAUCUCACAGUGGUGAAAGACGAUCUCACGUUGCUGGAGAAGACUGAGUCUUACAUUGCGAAGUGGCGCCUGAACAAGUGGGAGUUUCGAGUUCCGCCUCUGCUCUACCCAGCGGAGCGAGAAAAGGUAAUGCUGCAGCAAGAGAUACUCAAAACUCUUUGCCUGAAUCGAGCAGAGGAGCACAAACACGUUUUGAGCGAUAUUCAAAUAGUGGCAGCCAUAACCGGUAUUUCGCCCGAGAGUGUUCGGGCGAAGAACCGUGCGUGGCUUCAGGAAGAGGCUUCCAAACUUCGAUGGAAAGGAGAGGUUAACAAGGCAAAGGAGCUCCGAGAUGCUUUUCUGCGCCUGGAGGUAUACGGCUCUCGAGAUCAUCGCUUGCUGGAGCGACUUUGUUGCAUUUACGGCAUGGGCAUGCAAGGUACAUUCGAUGAGGCGUUCAGCAACAUAAUUGUUCAAGAUCCGUCGACUGGCAAGCUCUCUGUUGACGAAGCGAACCCAUUUGCCGAGCUGCAGGCGUACAUUCUUUCUCGAUAUCCGCAAAUCGAUUUAAUUCACGACUUUCUAGGACUCAACGUAGUUUCAGGAUACCGACCCUCAUUGAGCCGCUUUCUCAUUCACUGCCUGUCCAACAAGAAUAACGUUUCAAACCCCGUCUCCAACGGGCGAGUUCUUUUGCAUGUGAGCGCGAGCAAAGAGACAUUGUUUGAUUACGGGGACAGCAAGGGUCAGAUCGCGCACGACGACUCCAUCUAUGGAUUGCCCGACUUUAUGUACGUCCGCGGAAACGACAUUUUUCUGAUUACUAUCGCGGCAGACAAUCACUGGCUCCGCAAACGGCAAGUUCCGCACACAAAGCAACUCGAAGGGAUUGCGAGGCGCUGCAGCUUUGUUCUGGGCAUUCCGUUCGACAAGGUGCGCAUCCGCAACCUUCUGCUUCCGCCGAACUACGUAGAUUCGAGCUCGCUUCGUCGCCUUACGGAGAGCGUUUUGGAUAUGUCACCAGCUUCUGUGAAGGAGGCAGUGCCGUGGAUUUCUUUGUACGAGAAGGAGCUUGAUGCACAGGAUGUGGACUACUGCGAGUUGGAGAAGACAGUAAAUGAGGAAGAGUGGCUGACGCUUUAG